GGAUCGACGGCCGGCUGCCCGGAGCAGAGCGCGGGGCUGGGUGACUGCGGCGGCGGACGAUGCGCGGCCCCAGGCCCCGCGAGGGCGAGCGCUGCCCGGGGGGCUGACCGCGGCCGGACGGUGCCCCAGGACCGGGCGAGGGAGCCCGCGCCGCGCGGAGGUCAGGGAGCCUGAGCCGGAGCCAGGCCCACGUUGGACCUGAUCAGGAGCCUGAGAUUGAGCUGAGCCCAGAGCCUAGCCUGGAGCUGGAGCCCUAGCCACAGCUGGAACUGCCCCUGUCAUGCAGAAGAAGUUGGGCAUUGCCCCUUCUUGCACUGGCAUGCAGAGCCCUCAGCCCCUCCCCCUGCUACCAUUGUGGCUGCUACUGCUGUUGCUGCUGGGAGCCGGGGUGCCAGGUACCUGGGGUCAGGCUGGGAGCCUGGACCUACAAAUUGAUGAGGAGCAGCCAGCAGGUACCCUGAUCGGGGACAUCAGUGCAGGACUGCCGGCAGGCACGGCAGCACCUCCCAUGUACUUCAUCUCAGCCCAGGAGGGCAGCGGUGUGGGCACAGACCUGGCCAUCGACGAACACAGUGGGGUUGUCCGUACAGCCCGUAUUUUGGACCGUGAGCGGCGGGACCGCUACCGCUUCACUGCAGUCACUCCUGACGGUGCCACUGUGGAAGUUACAGUGCGGGUGGUUGACAUCAAUGACCAUGCUCCCGCCUUCCCGCAGGCUCGGGCUGCCCUGCAGGUCCCUGAGCAUACAGCUCUUGGCACCCGCUACCCACUGGAGCCUGCUCGUGACGCGGAUGCUGGCCACCUAGGAACCCAAGGCUAUGCGUUAUCUGGUGAUGGAGCUGGAGAGAUCUUCAGGCUGGAGACACGCCCUGGUCCAGAUGGGGCUCCAGUGCCUGAGCUGGUAGUUGCUGGGGACCUGGACAGAGAGAACCGCUCACACUACAUGCUGCAGCUAGAGGCUUAUGAUGGAGGUUCACCCCCACGGAGGGCCCAGGCCCUGCUAGACGUGACAUUACUGGAUAUUAAUGACCAUGCCCCGGCUUUCAACCAGAGCCGCUACCAUGCUGUGGUGUCUGAGAGCCUGGCCCCCGGCAGCCCUGUCCUGCAGGUGUUUGCAUCUGAUGCUGAUGCCGGUGACAAUGGGGCUGUGACUUAUGAGAUUAACCGGAGGCAGAGCGAAGGUGACGGACCCUUCUCUAUCGAUGCAAACACAGGGCUGCUGCGAUUGGAGCGGCCACUGGACUUUGAGCAACGGCGGGUCCAUGAACUGGUGGUGCAGGCGCGAGAUGGAGGGGCUCACCCAGAGCUGGGCUCAGCCUUUGUGACUGUGAACGUGCGAGAUGCCAAUGACAAUCAGCCCUCCAUGACUGUCAUCUUCCUGAGUGCAGACGGUUCCCCGCGUGUUUCUGAGGCUGCCCCACCUGGCCAGCUUGUUGCUCGCAUCUCUGUGUCAGACCCAGAUGACGGUGACUUUGCCCACGUCAAUGUUUCCCUGGAAGGUGGUGAGGGUCACUUUGCCCUGAGCACCCAAGACAGUGUCAUCUACCUGGUAUGUGUGGCUCGGCAGCUUGACCGGGAGGAACGAGAUGCCUAUAACUUACGGGUUACUGCCACAGACUCAGGUUCCCCCCCACUGCGGGCUGAGGCGGCUUUUGUGCUGCACAUCACCGAUGUCAAUGACAAUGCACCUGCCUUUGACCGCCAGCUCUUCCGACCUGAGCCCCUGCCUGAGGUUGCGCUGCCUGGCAGCUUUGUGGUACGGGUGAUGGCUCGGGAUCCUGACCAGGGCACCAAUGGACAGGUCACCUAUAGCCUGGCCCCUGGUGCUCACACCCACUGGUUCUCCAUCGACCCCACCUCAGGCAUCAUCAGCACGGCAGCCUUGCUGGACUAUGAGCUGGAACCUCAGCCACAGAUAAUCGUGGUGGCCACAGAUGGGGGCCUGCCCCCUCUAGCCUCCUCUGCCACAGUUAGUGUGGCCCUGCAAGAUGUGAAUGACAAUGAGCCCCAGUUCCAGAGGACUUUCUACAAUGCCUCACUGCCUGAAGGUACCCAGCCUGGAACCUGCUUCCUGCAGGUGACAGCCACAGAUGCGGACAGUGGCCCAUUUGGCCUCCUCUCCUAUUCCUUGGGUGCUGGGCUUGGGGCUUCAGGGUCUCCUCCGUUCCGCAUCGAUGCCCACAGUGGUGACGUGUGCACAACUCGGACCCUGGACCGUGACCAGGGACCCUCAAGCUUCGACUUCACAGUGACAGCUGUGGAUGGGGGAGGCCUCAAGUCCACGGUAUAUGUGAAGGUGUUUGUGUCAGAUGAGAAUGACAACCCACCUCAGUUUUAUCCACGGGAGUAUGCUGCCAGUCUGAGUACCCAGAGUACACCAGGCACAGCUGUGCUGAGGGUGCGGGCCCAUGACCCUGACCAGGGUCCCCAUGGGCGGCUUUCCUACCACAUCCUGGCUGGCAAUAGCCCCCCACUUUUUGCCUUGGAUGAACACUCAGGGCUGUUGUCAGUAGCCUGGCCCUUGACCAGAAAGGCCAAUUCUGUGGUGCAGCUGGAGAUCGGGGCUCAGGAUGGAGGUGGCCUGCAGGCAGAGCCCAGUGCCCGAGUCAACAUCAGCAUUGUGCCUGGAACCCCCACACCACCUGUAUUUGAGCAACUACAGUAUGUCUUUUCUGUGCCAGAGGAUGUGGCACCAGGCACCAGUGUGGGCAUAGUCCAGGCACACAACCCACCAGGUCGCUUGGGACCUGUGACCCUCGCCCUAUCAGGCGGAGAUCCCCGGGGACUCUUCUCCCUAGAUGGGGCCUCAGGGCUGUUACAAACCCUUCUCCCUCUGGACCGGGAGCUGCUGGGACCAGUGCUGGAACUGGAGGUGCGGGCAGGCAGUGGUGUGCCCCCAGCUUUCGCUGUGGCUCGGGUGCGUGUGCUGCUGGAUGAUGUGAAUGACAACACCCCUGCCUUUCCUGCACCUGAAGACACAGUGUUGCUGCCACCUAGCACUGCCCCAGGAUCCCCCAUCUAUACCCUGAGGGCUCUGGACCCCGACUCAGGUGUUAAUAGUCGAGUCACCUUUACUCUGCUUGCUGGGGGUGGUGGGGCCUUCACCGUAGACCCCAACACAGGCCAUGUACGACUUGUGGGACCUCUGGGGCCCCCAGGGGGGCCAGCCCAUGAGCUGGAACUGGAGGCGCGGGAUGGGGGCUCCCCACCACGCACCAGCCACUUUCGACUAAGGGUGGUGGUCCAAGACUUGGGGACCCAUGGGCUGGCUCCCUACUUCUACAGCAGUACCUACCGUGUGGACCUGCCCUCGGGCACCACCCCUGGGACUCAGGUCCUCCAAGUGCAGGCCCGAGCACCUGAUGGGGGUCCUGUCACCUACCAUCUUGCAGCAGAUGGAGCAAGUAGCCUCUUUGGUCUGGAGCCACAGAGUGGGUGGCUGUGGGUGCGGGCAGCAUUGGACCGUGAGGCCCAGGAGUUGUACACACUGAAGGUAAUGGCAGUGUCUGGGUCCAAAGCUGAGUUGGGGCAACAGACGGGCACAGCCACUGUGAGGGUCAGCAUCCUCAACCAGAAUGACCACAGUCCCCGCUUGUCUGAGGAACCCACCUUCCUGGCUGUGGCUGAGAACCAGCCCUCAGGGACCAGUGUGGGCCGGGUCUCUGCCACUGACCGAGACUCAGGUCCCAACGGACGUCUGACCUACAGUCUGCGACAGCUGUCAGAAGACAGCAAGGCCUUCCGCAUCCACCCCCAGACUGGAGAAGUCACCACACUGCAAACCCUUGACCGUGAGCGGCAGAGCAGCUACCAGCUCCUGGUGCAGGUGCAGGAUGGGGGGAACCCACCCCGCAGCACCACAGGCACUGUGCACAUAGCAGUGCUUGACCUCAAUGACAACAGCCCCACCUUCCUGCAGGCUUCAGGGGCUGCUGGUGGUGGCCUUCCUAUACAGGUACCAGACGGUGUGCUGCCAGGAACACUGGUGACGACUCUGCAAGCCAAGGAUCCAGAUGAGGGGGAGAAUGGAACCAUCCUGUACACACUAACAGGCCCUGGCGCAGAGCUCUUCUCCCUGCACCCACACUCCGGGGAGCUGCUCACCGCAGCACCCCUGAUCCGAGCAGAGAGGCCCCACUACGUGCUGACGCUGAGCGCCCAUGACCAAGGCAGUCCCCCUCGAAGUGCCAGCCUCCAACUGCUGGUGCAGGUGCUUCCCUCGGCUCGCUCUGCUGAGCCCCUACCGGAUUCCGCUGAGCCGGACCCUGCGGCACCGGUGCCUGUAGUGCUGACGGUGACAGCAGCCGAAGGGCUACAGCCCGGCUCCCUGUUAGGCUCGGUGGCUCCUCCAGAGCCGACAGGGGUGGGCGCGCUCACUUACACACUGGUGGGCGGUGCCGACCCCGAGGGCACCUUCGCGCUGGACGCGGCCUCAGGGCGCUUGUACCUGGUCCGGCCCCUGGACUUCGAGGCGGGCCCGGCGUGGCGCGCGCUCACGGUGCGCGCCGAGGGACCGGGCGGUGCGGGCGCGCGGCUGCUGAGAGUGCAGGUGCGCGUGCAGGACGAGAACGAUCACGCGCCCGCCUUCGCGCGCGACCCGCUGGCGCUAGCGUUACCGGAGAACCCCGAGCCCGGCGUGGCGCUGUACACUUUCCGCGCGUCGGACGCGGACGGCCCGGGUCCAAACAGCGACGUGCGCUACCGCCUGCUGCGUCAGGAGCCGCCUGCGCCGGCACUUCGCCUGGACGCACGCACCGGGGCGCUCAGCGCUCCUCGUGGCCUGGACCGGGAGACCACACCCGCGCUCCUGCUGCUAGUGGAAGCGACCGACCGGCCUGCCAAUGCCAGCCGCCGACGUGCAGCGCGAGUAUCCGCACGUGUGUUUGUCACGGAUGAGAAUGACAACGCACCUGUCUUUGCUUCGCCUUCACGGGUGCGCCUCCCCGAAGAUCAGCCUCCUGGGCACGUGGCACUGCACGUGGUAGCCCGGGACCUGGACUUGGGCGAGGCGGCACGCGUGUCGUAUCGCUUGGCGUCUGGCGGGGAUGGCCACUUCAGGCUACAUUCAAGCACUGGAGCGCUGUCCGUGGUGCGGCCUCUGGACCGUGAGCAACGAGCUGAACAUGUCCUGACGGUAGUGGCCUCAGACCACGGCUCCCCGUCGCGCUCAGCCACGCAGCUCUUGACUGUCAGUGUCGCCGAUGUCAAUGACGAGGCACCAGCUUUCCAGCAGCAGGAAUACAGGGUCCUCUUGCGUGAGAACAGCCCGCCUGGCACGUCUCUACUCACUCUUCGAGCAACAGACCCAGACCUGGGGGCCAACGGGCAAGUGACUUAUGGAGGUGUCUCAGGAGAAAGUUUCUCCCUGGACCCAGACACUGGAGUUCUCAGGACUCUUCGGGUCCUGGAUCGGGAGGAACAGGAAGAGAUUAAUCUGACAGUGUAUGCUCGGGACAGGGGCUCACCUCCUCUGUUGACCCAUGUCAGAGUACGAGUGGUUGUGGAGGAUGAGAAUGACCAUGCCCCAACCUUUGGGAGUGCCCAUCUUUCUCUGGAGGUGCCUGAGGGCCAGGACCCCCAGACACUUACCACACUGCGGGCUUCUGACCCCGAUGUGGGAGCCAAUGGGCAGCUGCAGUACCACAUCCUAGAUGGAGACCCAUCAGGAGCCUUUGUCCUAGAUGUAGCUUCUGGGGAGUUCGGCACCAUGAGGUCACUAGACCGGGAGGUGGAGCCAGUGUUCCAGCUCAAGAUAGAGGCCCGGGACGGAGGCCAGCCAGCUCUCAGUGCCACUCUGCUUGUGACAGUGACAGUGCUAGAUGCCAAUGAUCAUGCACCAGCCUUCCCUGUGCCAGCCUACUCUGUGGAGGUGCCCGAGGAUGCCCCUGCGGGGACCCUGCUGCUGCAGCUACAGGCUCAUGACCCUGAUGAGGGUCCCAACGGCCGUGUGACCUACUACCUGGGUGCAGGUGCAGCAGGAGCCUUCCUGCUGGAGCCAGGCUCUGGGGAGCUGCGGACAGCUGCGGCGCUGGAUCGAGAGCAGUGUCCCAGCUAUGCCUUUUCUGUGAGUGCAGUGGAUGGUGCAGCCGCUGGGCCCCUGAGCACCACAGUGCCUGUCACCAUCACUGUGCGUGACGUAAAUGACCACAUACCCACCUUCCCCACCAGUCCCCUACGACUGCGCCUGCCCCGCCCAGGCCCCAGCCUCAGCACCCCCACCCUGGCUCUGGCCACACUGCGAGCUGAAGACCGUGACGCUGGCGCCAAUGCCUCCAUCCUAUACCGGCUGGCAGGCAUGCCACCACCUGGCACCACUGUGGACUCUUACACUGGUGAAAUCCGUGUGGCCCGCUCCCCUGCAGCCCUGGGCCCCCGGGAUCGUGUCCUCUUCAUUGUGGCCACUGACCUUGGACGCCCAGCUCGCUCUGCCACUGGUGUGGUUGUUGUUGGGCUGCAAGGAGAAUCUGAACGUGGACCCCGCUUUCCCCGGGCUAAUAGUGAGGCCAUGCUCCGUGAGAAUGCACCACCAGGGACCCCCAUUGUCUCCCCCAAGGCUGUCCAUGCAGGGGGCUCAAAUGGACCAAUCACCUACAGCAUUCUCAGUGGGAAUGAGAAGGGGAUAUUCUCAAUACAGCCUAGCACAGGAGCCAUCACAGUUCGCUUGGCAGAGGGGCUGGACUUUGAGGCAAGCCCACGGCUGCGACUGGUGCUGCAGGCAGAGAGUGGAGGAGCCUUUGCCUUCUCAGUGCUGACUGUGACGCUGCAAGAUGCCAAUGACAAUGCUCCCCGCUUCCUGCAGCCUCACUAUGUGGCCUUCCUACCCGAGUCCCGGCCUUUGGAGGGGCCCCUGCUACAGGUGGAGGCAAAUGACCUGGAUCAAGGCUCUGGUGGACAGAUCUCCUACAGCCUGGCCGCAUCCCAGCCAGCACGGGGAUUGUUCCAUGUAGACCCUGCCACAGGCACCAUCACUACCACAGCCAUCCUGGAUCGUGAGAUCUGGGCCGAAACACGGCUUGUACUAAUGGCCACAGACAGAGGAAGCCCAGCCCUAGUGGGCUCAGCUACGCUGACGGUGAUGGUCAUCGACACCAACGACAAUCGCCCCACCAUCCCCCAGCCGUGGGAGCUCCGAGUGCCAGAAGAUGCACUACUGGGCUCAGAGAUUGCACAGGUGACAGGGAAUGACGUGGACUCGGGACCAGUGUUGUGGUAUGUGCUGAACCCAUCUGGCCGCCAGCACCCCUUCAGUGUUGGCCGCUAUGGGGGCCGCGUCUCCCUCACAGGCCCCCUGGACUUUGAGCAGCAUAACCACUACUACCUGCAGCUGCUGGCGCAUGAUGGGCCUCAUGAGGGCCGCGCCAACCUCACAGUGUUUGUAGAGGAUGUCAAUGACAAUGCACCUGCCUUCUCGCAGAGCCUCUACCAGGUGACCCUGCUUGAGCAUACACCCCCAGGCAGUGCCAUUCUGUCUGUCUCUGCCACUGACCGGGACUCAGGUGCCAAUGGUCUCAUCUCCUACCACCUGGCUUCCCCUGAUGAGGGCUUCAGUGUUGACCCCAACAACGGGACCUUGUUCAUAACAGUGGGAACAGUAGACUUGGGCCAGGAGGGACCAGGAGUGGUGGACGUGGUACUGGAAGCGCGAGACCAUGGGACACCCGGCCGGGCAGCACAAGCCACAGUGUAUGUACAGCUGCAGGACCAGAAUGACCACACCCCGAGCUUCACAUUGCCACACUACCGAGUGGCUGUGACUGAAGACCUGCCCCCUGGUUCCACCCUACUUACCCUGGAGGCCACAGAUGCUGACGGGAGCCGCACCCAUGCUGCUGUGGACUAUAGCAUCGUCAGUGGCAACCGGGGCCGAGUCUUCCAGCUGGAGCCCCGGCUAGCUGAGGCUGGGGAGGGUGGUGGACCAGGUCCCCAAGCACUGGGCUGCCUGGUGCUGCUCGAGCCUCUGGACUUUGAGAGCAUGACCCAGUAUAAUCUAACAGUGGCUGCAGCUGACCGGGGACAGCCACCUCGCAGCUCAGCAGUGCCAGUCACUGUCAUUGUGCUGGACGUCAACGACAAUCCACCUGUCUUCACCAGAGCAUCCUACCACAUGGCGGUACCCGAGGACACACCUGUUGGAGCUGAACUGCUGCAUGUGGAGGCCUCCGACGCCGACCCUGGUCCUCAUGGCCUCGUGCGUUUCACCCUUAGCUCAGGUGACCCUUUGGGGCUCUUUGAGCUGGAUGAGAGCACAGGGGCCUUGCACUUGGCCCGCCCCCUGGACUGUGAGACCCAGGCUCGACAUCAACUUGUAGUCCAGGCUGCUGACCCAGCUGGGGCACACUUUGCUCUGGCACCGGUGACAAUCGAGGUCGAGGAUGUGAAUGACCACAGCCCAGCUUUCCCACUGAGCUUGCUCAGCACCAGCCUGGCAGAGAACCAGCCUCCAGGCACUCUUGUCACCACUCUGCAUGCAAUUGAUAGAGAUGCUGGGGCUUUUGGGAGGCUCCGCUACAGCCUGUUGGAGGCCGGGCCGGGACCUGAGGGCUGGGAGGCAUUUGCCCUGAAUAGCUCAACAGGGGAGUUGAGGGCACGAGUGCCCUUUGACUAUGAGCACACAGGAAGCUUUCGGCUGCUGGUGGGGGCUGCUGAUGCUGGGAAUCUGUCAGCCUCAGUCACCGUGUCAGUGCUGGUGACUGGUGAGGAUGAGUAUGAUCCCGUAUUCCUGGCUCCAGCUUUCCACUUCCAAGUGCCAGAAGGUGCCCGGCGUGGUCACAGCCUGGGUCAUGUGCAGGCUACAGACGAGGAUGGGGGUGCCGACGGUCUGGUGCUCUAUUCCCUUGCCACCUCUUCCCCCUAUUUUGGUAUCAAUCAGACUACAGGUGCCCUGUACCUGCGGGUGGACAGCCGGGCACCAGGCAGUGGGACGGGCACCUCUGGGGGUGGGGGCCGGACCCGGCGUGAGGCACCUCGGGAAAUGAGGCUGGAGGUGGUGGCACGGGGGCCGCUGCCUGCCUCUCGAAGUGCCACAGUGCCUGUGACGGUGGAUAUCACCCACACUGCCCUGGGCCUAGCACCUGACCUCAACCUGCUAUUGGUGGGGGCUGUGGCAGCCUCUCUGGGAGUUGUGGUGGUGCUUGCACUGGCAGCCCUGGUCCUUGGGUUGGUGCGGGCACGAAAUCGCAAGGCUGAGACAGCCCCUGGCCCAAUGUCCCAGGCAGCACCCCUGGCCAGUGGCUCCCUGCAGAAGCUGGGCCGAGAGCCACCCAGCCCACCUCCUUCAGAGCACCUGUAUCACCAGACUCUCCCCAGCUAUGGUGGACCAGGAGCUGGAGGACCCUACCCCCGUGGUGGCUCCCUGGACCCUUCACAUUCAAGUGGCCGAGGCUCAGCAGAGGCUGCCGAGGAUGAUGAGAUCCGCAUGAUCAAUGAGUUCCCCCGUGUGGCCAGUGUGGCCUCCUCCCUGGCUGCCCGUGGUCCCGACUCGGGCAUCCAGCAGGAUGCAGAUGGACUGAGUGACACAUCCUGUGAGCCCCCUGCCCCUGACACGUGGUAUAAGGGCCGCAAGGCAGGGCUGCUGCUGCCAGGCACAGGAGCCACUCUGUACCGAGAGGAGGGGCCCCCAGCCACCGCCACAGCAUUCCUGGGGGGCUGUGGCCUGAGCCCCGCACCCACCGGGGACUAUGGCUUCCCAGCAGAUGGCAAGCCGUGCGUGGCAGGUGCACUGACAGCCAUUGUGGCUGGCGAGGAGGAGCUCCGAGGCAGCUAUAACUGGGACUACCUGCUGAGCUGGUGCCCUCAGUUCCAGCCACUGGCCAGUGUCUUCACAGAGAUUGCCCGGCUCAAGGAUGAAGCUCGGCCAUGUCCCCCAGCUCCCCGUAUUGACCCACCACCCCUCAUCACCGCUGUGGCCCACCCAGGGGCCAAGUCAGUGCCACCUAAGCCAGCCAGCACAGCUGCAGCACGGGCCAUCUUCCCACCAGCCUCUCACCGCUCCCCCAUCAGCCAUGAAGGCUCCCUGUCCUCAGCUGCCAUGUCCCCUAGCUUCUCACCCUCGCUGUCUCCUCUGGCUGCUCGCUCACCUGUUGUCUCACCAUUUGGGGUGGCCCAGGGCCCCUCAGCCUCGGCACUCAGCUCAGAAUCUGGCCUGGAGCCGCCUGAUGACACAGAGCUGCACAUCUAGCUGUGGCCCAGGCUGGGCCCCGACCUGGGAUGCGCACAGUGUCCCCAAUGCAGGCCCCACUCUGAGCCUGCCCCGGGCAGCCUCGGAUCGUGAUUGGCCACAGGGGAGGCCAUCCUCAGGCCCCAGACCCCCAACCCAAACUCAUCCAGUGGGGCAGGUCCCACAUCCAGCCACUCAGAGCACCAGCACCAGAGAGGCCCUGUUGGGGCACUGACCUGGGG